AUGUGGUUCCUCGAACACGAGAGCCUCUUUGGAGGAAAGCGCGUAUGGCUGCGACCAGGAUCACAGCAGCUCUUCGGUCGAACCAGGACUGUCGACCAGGACGGCCCGCAAGGAACGAAUUGGAAGAUUGACAACAAAGCUGUGUCGAGGAAACAUGUCAUGCUCAAAGUCUACGAUGUGGCUCCAGAGGACGGUACAAAGCUGCACAAGCGGUCUCAGAUUGAGGUCACCGACCUCAGCUGCCGGCAGGGAACUACAAUCGACGACAAGAACACAUUAAAGAGUCAAAAGGCGGAAGAUGGGUCGAUAAACUACAGUAGCGAGAUAUUGAAGGGGACAGAACACACCAUCAGGCUAGCCCAGGGCUAUGCGCCGUUCAGGAUUGUGUGGCGGCCGGCUGUAUUCACGUAUGCGUCCAAAGAGACACGCGAUGGCAAGGCCCGAAGCACGCGACUGCAUGGCCUAGAUAUCAAAACUACGACCGACUUCGUAUUCGACAAGACAACCCACGUCGUGUCCGCGAAACGAAACCUCCCCAAAGUCCUCUCGGGCCUGACGUCUGGCAAGCACAUAGUCACUACAGAAUUUCUCGAUGCGGUCAUCAGCGUUGCCACGGCAUCGGUUGACGAAGAACAACAUUACUUGCCCUCGAAGCUGGAAGAGGACUUUGAUGCAUGGUGGCCGACAGAGAAGGACUACGUACCGCCAGCGGGUGCAGAGCCAGUCGCUCGGCCACAAGAGAUGCUGAUGCCCGAUCCGUCGAGAUCAGAGGUAUUCUCCGGGCUUACCUUUGUCUUCCUAAAUGAAGGGCAACAUAGCAGCUUGCUCGAACCCAUCACGGGUGGAGGUGGGAAAGCACUGCUAUUCAACGUUCAGCUGGGCGAGACAACUAUACAAGAAUACGUCGACUAUGUCCAUAGCGUUGCAGGUAAAAAACGGCGCGGCAAGGCUAGCGACAAGCUGCCAGUGGUCACGGUACGACUACCGGCAUACCCUGACGCCAUGGAGGAGUGGGCUGCAAAUUUCGUAAUCGGUGUUGAUCAGGCACUUGGUCAGCGCUCCGUUCUACAAAAUGAGUUUCUCGAUGCAAUCAUCACGAAAGACCGAGCUUCCCUCCAGAGGCCGCCUACAGACUUGGGUAACACUCAAUAUACUGCGCCUGAGUCGUCCGCUGCGCGACGUUCAAUGCGUACUACAACUCCCACAUCUACUUCCAGAGCACCAUCACAAGCCCCGGAAGAAGACACACCUCCAGCGGAAGAGCCUGCGAAGAUCAAUCCACGGAAGCGUAUACAAAGACCGAAAACUAGUCGCUUUACUGGCUUUGAUGACGAUGAACCAGUCCCUAAAAAGAAGAAGGUUGAACAUACUCAGAUAGAAGACGUGCAGCAGUCUGCACCGCGGAUAGCGACAUCAGCAGCGGCUUCACAAGGGCGCACUGCAACAAACACGCAAAGCCAGACCACACCCCAAUUACACGUUCAGGACACAAUAGAAAAAGAAGAGCAGUUCGACUCGCUUUUUCCGACUGCUGCCAAGAUGAGGAAGGAGAGAGCCGCUACCCGGGCGCCACCAGCGUCAGUUGAGCCCGAAGCAGGUGGACCAGUACAGACUUCAACUACAAAAGGCGUCGAUGCACUAGCACGGCUGAACAAAGCAAAAGCCAGGGCGGAGAAAGACAUCAACAUCCGCGAGCACACACGCCAACGCAUCAAGGAAGAAGAGGACAAGCGCAAGGCAGACGAAGAAAGUCUACGAGAAGCACUCGAAGGCGUAGACAUUGGCGAACUCAAAAACCUAGCCCAGGUAGAAGAGAUGGAAGUCCUCCCUCGACAGAACAGAGAUAUUGCACGCAAUCCUAACCCCGCAAACAGCGACCGCUGGAACCCCGAAUGGAACGGUCGCAAAAAUUUCAAAAAGUUUCGUCGUCGCGGUGUCGAACAAGGCGUUCAACCGCGCAAGGUCAUCGUCACACUCGAAGAAGCUCCACCUAAGAAAGGCAUCGGUAUCAGCGACACAUUCCUACUCGAGGGCAUCGAGCCUUCGUUGCGCUCUCGUGGAAGUCGCCAGGCUGUCGACUCCGAUUCUGAGCCUGAAGUGGGCGGCUUCACACGGCGGAAACGUACUACACAGUCACAGUCGCAGCAGCAGCAAGUCGUCAUCAAUGUGGAAGAUAGCGGGCCAGACGAUGAAGAAUUGGAUCCGAGCGAGCGGACGCAGAAGAGUAGUGGACGUACGCAGAGGAUUACGGAAACACAGUUGUCAACGAGUUCGCUGGCGCAGAGGGGGAAGAAGAGGCCGUCUGAUGCUGAGAGUGUGCAGUCGACUAGUAAGCGGAGCAAGUAUGGGAGGAUUAUCGACGAUGAUAGCGAUGAGGAGGAAACGGGGUUUAGGUUUAAGCGGAGGACGUAG